AUGGAAGAAGAGGUCGAUUGGGGAGAGGGCGACGGCUACUCCGACGACUGCCUCAGCCUCGGCGGCGACGAUAUCGACGAUGUUGCCGCGGCCGACACCGCGAAUGAUGUAACCGCCGCACCCGCCGACACGAAGGAGGACAGCAAGCCGGUCGAGCAGUCAAAGUCUGACGCUGCUUCGGCGUCCGCAAAGGCAGCGAAGGAGCCCCCGACUGGUCCCAAGGCGGCGACGCAGGCGCAGUCAACACCGACUGAGCAGACAAAGGACGACAACGCUCCGUCCAAGCCUUCCUCGAUCGACUCUCAGAAGCCUUCAACCUCGUCAUCCUCUGUUAACGGGCACCCCGGCAGGCCCAUCGCGAACGGCAGGGAGCGCCUCCCGCCCGCUGCGCCCCGCGGCACCGUCAACGUGGUAUCGGAGCCUAGCGGACCUCCCCCCGACACGCACGAGGAGUUGAGGAAGCCCCGUGGCAAUGAGGACCGAGGGCCGCCACUGCCCGUCGGCUGGCAACGCGUGUGGAGCAACACCCAGUCUAAGUACUUCUUCCACCACCCCGAGACUGGCGAGACGACGUGGGAGCGCCCCAAGAACGAGCCGGAGAGGAAGCCGGAUGCGUCUGCGCCUGUGCCGUCGCGAGAGCGUUCCCCGCGAAAGCGCAGCCGCAGCCGCAGCCCUGCGCGUCGUGACCGCGAGCCGCCCCGUGGCCCCUCAAGCUCGACCGAGAACGAUGGUCGCCCGCCCCGCGCCUGGGGACCUGGAUCCGCCAACGCGACCACGUCCGCCCCGAGAAUGGACGACCGACGUGCACCUCGCGACGGUCGCGACAGAGGGUGGCCGCAGAGGCCUCCUGUUGACGAUCGACGUGACGCCCGCGACGCUCGCGAUGCACGUGACGGCAGGCCCCCUCGCGAGCCCCGUGGACGACGAGACCGGGACAGGCGCGACGAGCGGGACCGCGAGCGUGAGCGCGAGCAACGACGGGAUGAGCCCGGGCGCGACGAGCGUCCUUCCGAGACGGCACCGACUUCGAACUCGCUUCCUCCGAAACCGGAGCAGCCGACUGCUGCAUCUGCGACAAACGAGGAGGCUGAGGCACUCAAGGCGCGCCUGCGCUUGAAGGAGGAGCUGCGCAAGCAGGAGGAAGAGAUGAGGGCGGCUCAGGAACGUCUUCGUAAGCUGAAGGAGCAGGAGGCUCAGCUGGAAGCCUGCGUUAAGGCUCAGCCGCCGGCGGCGGCCUCCGGUCUUCCCCCGAAGCCUUCAACCGACGCCAACGCCGGACCCAGCACCGCUGCGGACACCAGGGCAGUCGAGGGCAACGGCUUCGGCCCCAACACGCCCAACGCGCCCAACGCGGCGGGUGCGGGCGACAACCGCCCUCCGCCAGCUUACGGCCCUGGUGCGCGGGGCUCUCUUCCGAACCGACCCUUCCCUCUCGUCCCCGAGCGUCCUGGUCUGAGCCGGCGCGACUCGAGACGGAGAGAGCGUGAGAACGGCGGUUUCGACGGACGCCGCGGCUUGGGUGGUGCGGACAUGUACCGCCCGUCUGGUGGACGGUCGCCGCCGCGUGAAAGAGGCGACAGGAUGGACCGCGAGAGGGAGAGGGAGAGGGGCAUGGACCGCGAGCGCGAGCGCCGUGACGAGCGCCGCGAUGAUCCCCGCCGUGACCAGCCUCGCCGCGACGAGCCGCCGCAUCGUGAGCGCGACCGCCGCCCGAGAGAGCCCGCCCGUGACGCUCGUGAGCCGCCUCGCGAUGCCCGUGACGCUCCUCGUGAUGGCCCUCGUGCCGCUCCGCGUGAUGCUCCUCGUGAUGCUCGUGAUGCAGCGCGCGAGCCGCCACGCGAACCGCGCGGAGGUGAUCGAGGCGAGUCGCAGCGCGAGCGCGACGCUCCGAACUCUCGUGAACCGCCUGCUGCGCCUCGUGAGUCCCGCGAGUCUCGUGAUGCGCCGCGUGAGGGCUCUGGCAAGCCCGACUCGCGCGGCAAAUCGCUAAGCGACCGCCUUGGCCCGCCCGUCGACCGCAAGCGUCGUGAACCUGAGGACGGUCUUCCGGCUGGUGUGCACCCGGAUCGACUGAAGAGGAUGCGCAGCCCGCGGCGGCGAUAG